CGACACUCCCAAGUAACAUUUCAUGGGCAUCUCUGUUGCCGACAGUUAUAGUCAUAGAAAUUCUGUUGUCCAUGAUCCCACCAUGUCAGAGAACAGGACUGUCACCCUCGAGGACCUCUCAAAGCAGCGGGUCACUGAAGCAAAACCACCCACGUCACGCAGCGACGUGAAGCCCAGUGAUCGCUCUGCACCCGACACUAUAGGUCAAGGUCUGUCAUCUCAGCCAGUCAGGCCAGAGACCACAAUUGCCUCGAGUGCUCAAAGUUCGAACGACUCGACAGGUCAUUUGGAGCCGAGAGCCGGACCCAUGAAGCCAACAUCAACACCGAUGUGGGAACAGAGUAUGGGAGUGGAUUUCACAGGAGAUAGAAAACUGUUGUAGGAUCGUGAGCUAGGUGAGCAUAGGGCGGCAUCACCCUCGUCCCAAAGAGAGGUGCGGCGGCCGUGGAUAUACCUCG